UUUUCAAUAUGAAAAAGCUUCAGAUAUUUAUAGUUAUGGUGUAUUGAUGUGGGAAAUUUCUAGUGGAAUUCCUUCAUUUAAAAAUUUUACUAGUAAAUGUGAUCAGGAUUUACUUUAUUUUAAUAUUCCUAAUGGAUACCAUGAAAAUACUAUAGAAGGCACUCCUGAAGAUUAUAAGAAACUUUAUGAAAAUUGUUGGAAUUCUAUACCUGAGAAAAGACCAAAUAUUAAAAAAGUAUUAGAGGAAUUUAAAAAAAUGGGUUUUGAAAUCAAUGAUGAAGAUAAUUUAACUUAUGAAGAUUCAAAAUCUAUGAAAGCAGAAACAAGUAUUAAAAAUAUUUCUAGUGAAGGUACUUUAAUUACAAAUUAA